UAACUGGACUGAAAGGGUUUGCGUAUCCGCCCUCGUCGGCCCCGAGAGCGCGGCCUCCCCCUCACCGGUUAGCGUCAAGGGAGUUGCUCCGAGUUCUCGUAGCCCUCUCAGACUCGCUUUCUUUCCCUCUGGAAACUAAACCUCCUGAGCCCUUGCUGCGAAGCCUACGGCCGCCUGGAAGCCGGAUCCGAGUGUUCGCCAGUAACCGGAAGUGCCUCCCGCAGGCCGAGGGGCGGCUCCGGGGGCUGCUGUGAGAGGGAAGAAUUAACUAUUGUGAAUAGUUCUGGACUAGAGAUCUUUUUGGAGCAAAAAGAGAAGUCAGUCAAGUCUUUUGUGUUAUGAACACUAUCUGCUUUGAGAAGUCAGAUUCUCAGGACCAUGAGAUGAAUGCUGCUUUUCUUCUGUCUAGAGUCUGGGUUUGGAAAUACAAAGUAAGGAAUUAAUGUAUAUGAUGCUGGAAACUUGUGAAGGCAGACUGUGUAUGACUGAAAGGCUUGAAACAGAUGUAUCUUCCAUGUUCUCCUCAAGAAAAUGACUACAAAGGCAAUGAUGGGUCAGAAAGACCAUUGGAAAACUCCCUAGAAGAGAGUCAUAGAAAAUGUACACUUCAGAAGAGAGGUAUAAUCAGAGGACUCAAAAAAAGAAAAUAUAUCAUGUAUGCCCUCAGAAGGGUAAAAAGAUUUUUAUUCAUGUGCAUGAGAUUACUCAAAUAGACAAUCAGAUAUACCAGUGCCUUGAAUGUGAACAAAACUUCUGUGAAAACUUAGCUCUUAUUAUGUGUGAGAGAACACAGACAGUGGAGAAACCUUAUAGAUGUGAUAUGUGUGAGAAAACCUUCAUCCAAAGCUCAGAUCUUAUUUCACACCAGAAGAUUCACAAUUAUGAGAAACCGUAUAAAUGUAGCAAAUGUGAGAAGAGCUUUUGGCACCAUUUAGCCCUUUCAGGACACCAGAGAACACAUGCAGGUAAAAAAUUCUAUACAUGUGACAUUUGUGGCAAGAAUUUUGGUCAGAGUUCUGAUCUGCUUGUCCAUCAGCGAAGCCAUACAGGCGAGAAACCAUAUCUAUGUAGUGAAUGUGAUAAAUGCUUCAGUCGAAGUACAAACCUCAUAAGGCACCGAAGAACUCACACAGGUGAGAAACCGUUUAAGUGUCUGGAGUGUGAAAAAGCUUUUAGUGGGAAAUCUGAUCUCAUUAGCCACCAGAGAACUCACACUGGUGAAAGGCCCUAUAAAUGUAAUAAGUGUGAGAAAAGUUAUCGACACCGAUCAGCCUUUAUUGUACAUAAAAGAGUUCAUACUGGGGAGAAGCCCUAUAAGUGUGGUGCCUGUGAAAAAUGCUUUGGCCAGAAAUCAGACCUCAUUGUGCACCAGAGAGUGCACACAGGUGAGAAGCCGUAUAAAUGCUUGGAAUGUAUGAGAAGUUUUACUCGGAGUGCCAACCUAAUAAGGCACCAGGCCACUCAUACUCACACUUUUAAAUGCCUUGAAUAUGAGAAAAGUUUCAACUGUAGUUCAGACCUUAUCGUACAUCAAAGAAUUCACAUGGAAGAGAAACCACAUCAGUGGUCUACAUGUGAGAGUGGUUUCCUCCUUGGUAUGGAUUUUGUUGCCCAACAGAAAAUGAGAACUGAAACAGAGGACCUGCAUUAUAAAUACAGUGUAUGUGAUAAAAACUUUCACCCAAGCUCUGCUCUUCUUCAACAUCAGACAGUACGCAUUGGUGAGAAACCAUACAUCUGUAAUUUGAGUGAGAAAGGUCUUGAGCUCAGCCAUCCCCAUGCUUUGGAGGCCUCACAUAUGUCUUGACUAGAUAAGAAGUUACACUAUAAAAGUAUUUACAUGUCAGAGAACUCAUUAAGAUGAAUAUAAAGUGAGUAUCAGACUUUGAGGAGAGCUCAGACUUCAUUGGGGACCAGAGCCUGCAGUGUACAAAGUGUGAGAAGUGGUUUUAUUACCCAGAGAGUUGUGCUAAAAAAAUAAUUUACCAGUCACUCCAAGGAGAAACUCUGCAUAUAUGCUGAGUGUUGGAAAACCUAGUGUGAGCUCAAAUUUGGUCACUCACAACAGGAUUCAUACAGGUAGGGAAUCUUUCACCUGCAGUGAGUACGAGAGCUUUCAGCUCUCCUCAUUGCAAGCGAAUUCACCCCAGAGAACAACUUUUAAAUGCCUUCAGUGUCAACAGGAUGUACAUCUCAUUGGACAUCAGAAAAACAUCCUGGGGAAAACCUCCAGCAAGUGUGGGAAAAAAAAAAAACCUAACAAAACUCUGACUUUCUUACCCAUCAGAGAAGCCAUGCUGGUGAAAAACUGUGUAUAUGUCCUGAGUAUGGCAAAAACAUUAGUUGGAGAGCCUUACUUGGGUUUGUACCCAAAAAAACAAAAAUUGGUUUGAGCAAAGACCCUAUAGGUGUUUAAGAAAAGCUUGUCAGUAAUCAGCUCUUGGGGUACAUAAGGGAACCUACAUAAGUGGAAAAAAAAACGUAAACACCUUGAGUCUGAAAAAAGGUUUGCUAGAAGCUUCUGUUUUUAUUGGGCCCCUAAAAACUCAUUAUACCAGGAAGUUUGCGCCAAAUAAGAGAUCUAAUUGUGGGUGAACUGUUUAUGUACAUAUAACAUGUAUGAGAAGAACUGUUCUCAUAGUUAGUUGACCCAUAUGUUAGCGAUAACUUUAAAUGGAGUCGGUGUGGAAAUAGUUUUCUAGAUACCAGAAGCUUGUAGGAGAAGCUAGAGCAGGUCAGAGUAGACCUGAUGGGUAACUCAGGUGAGGAUAAUUUUGUCUGAAUCACUUAAUUAUUGCUUUAGUUUCACUUUAAUCAGAAAUCCAGUAAAUGAAGGGACUGAUUCCUUGGGAUAGAGGAUGUGGCAUGUGUUACUGUGUUACUGUUGAUGCUGCCUCAUGAUAUUUCGUGGUAGCACGAGAGGCUUUUACUGGCUGUGAAAGGAAGUGACAAGCUAGAGAACACUUACCCUGGGUCAAAACACUCCCAACAGUUACUUGAUAGAUUGACUUCGUAAAAAGGCAGAGUACUCAUCUGUAACUGUGUUCACAGUUUGGGGAAUAUCCUCAAAUUUUUUCUUUUCCCUAGAAUAUCUUUUAGUUUUCAUUGGUAUUUGAAAUUGCAGGUUUAUGAAUUUCUUUUCAAUUCAAAAUUCUAAUUCCAGGAUAAUAGUUUUGCUGUUGUUAAUAUCUGUAUUUUUGUGGCUUAAUUUAUCAUCUCUCAGUGAUGAUACUCUUAGUUGCCUCCUAGCCAGGGGAAAGCUGAAAGAAAACUGAGUCUGAGUAAGAAGGCACAGUGGUGUGUUACUAAUACAGGAGCAAGACUUUUCAUUUUGUGUACCUCGACUCCACGGCAGGUAUUCUUUUCACUCCCAUUAUCCUGUUGUUUAGCAAAUCAAGCCUCAGAAUGAACCAUAUUUUUUAAGAACUUAUUUCAGUUCUGCCAAUGAAAGAGAAAAAUGCCUUUUAAUCCCAGGGAAAGGAUUGCAGUCACCACAAAAUAAGGUGUAUUUUGGCUUGGAAUACAUGACUCUAGAUGCUAGAAGGGAAAAGUAGGUUGGCAAAUGCACCAAAAGUUUAAGGAUAAGCACUUGUCUCCAAUUUAACAGGGUAGUUAUGACUUGUCUUUCACAUCCUUUAGAAAUACUAUAAUCCGUGGAUGUAUAAACAGGCACUUCUCAGGUUUGGGUUUUUUUGGUUUUGUUUUUGGUUUUGUCCCUAGGAUUUAAAGACAUUUAACACAAAUUGCUUAUAUUUGAGAUUCUGGACUGGUGAACAUAUAUUUUGUUGCUAGACAGAGUUCUCAUUUGACUCCACAGCAAUUACUCUUUUCACUCCCAUUAUCCUGCUGUUUAGCAGAUCAAGCCUUGGAAUGAUCCUGUUUUGUAUUUAUUUCAGUUCUGCCAAUGAAAGAGAAAAAUACCUUUUAAAGGACUGCAGUCACAACAAAAUAAGGUAUAUUCUGACUUGGAAUACAGGACUCUAAAUUGUGGUUUGAUUUAUCUUAGACUCAAACUCCAGAGUACAUUGGCAUUUAGGUUCAUGGAGUUGGCCAGUGGUUGGUCUGUGAACAUGAUAAUCUUAGUCAAUGGCUAUAGCUCACAGUGACAAAGAAUCUGAUUCUUUAGGAAAUAGGUCUUUAAAGUUUAUUUGAUACAACAUAUUUCAUUAGUUUUUAUAAAUAGCUCUUGUAAAGCACACAUGACAUAUUUUCCCCUCUCUGGUGAAAAUCAUGCCUGUUACUAUAAGUUUUGACAGUUGUAACAUUUAAAAUAGUAUUGGGUGUGUAUGACAUGACAAUGAAGAUUAGUUCUUAUGGCUACUUAUUAGAGAUCUUGGAGAAGGGGACAAAAUUGAUAUCACUAACAGGACAGUGACUUCUUUCAACUAGUUAACUGAUAAUUGUCUCUAGUCUUUAAGUAAAUUAACGAUGGACCAUCCCUCAAGUGGAGAACUUUGGGGAUAUAAAACAGGUCUGAUGGCUUUUAACCAUGGGGGGGAAAGGUGUUGAUACUGUUCAUAUAGUGUAACCUGAGGUUGGAGAGGACCACUGGGGAGCCUGUAAUCAAAACUAGAAGGUAAUUUUUAAGAUGGAUGGAGGUUCCCUUGAAGCAGUGCCAACCUAAAUCUACCUCAGGUAAGUAGUUAGACUAACUUUUUCAAGGUUUCAGACCAAAUGAGACAAAUUGUAUUCAGUCGAUGUAUUCCUGUGCUUUAAUGCUUUUGUUUUCUUUUAAUUCUUAAAUAAACAUGUGCUCUGAAAAACUCAA